AUGCAAGAAGUAUCAGCAAAUAAUAACUGGCCAUCAUGUUGUCCUAUAAUUCGUUACGAUGUUCAAAAUGAUAUUAUCGAGAAAAGAGCACGCCAAAUGAUUGAAAGUUCUUAUCGAAUAUCUUUAAGUUGGUUUUUCGGUGGUGGUGGUGGUAUUAUUGCAAUAAUCGAUAGUUUUUCUAUGAAUUGUUAUGUGGCCGCUGGACUGUCUAUUGUUAGCACGGCAAUAACAUUUGGACAUCUUCUCUUACAUGUUAAAUUAUGCAGAGAGGUCAUAGAUUACCGAGUUUCUCGAAUCGUGGUUCUUUGUAAAGAUUGUGGCCAUGAUGUUGGUCUUUAUCCUGCUCGUCACAAAUGUGAGUUGCCUCAAUCCGGUUCCUUCUCGAAUCCUAUUCCAAAACAACAUCUUUCAACUAAAAAUAAAAAUAACAAUGAUACUAAUGCUUCUGGAUUGUGGGGUAAACUUAGAUCUGUAAAUAACUGGAAAAACGUAUCUGAAGACGAUACUGUCGCUCCAACUAUAACACAUCCUUCGCAAGAAUCUGAGAGGGAUGAAUGGGAAGGUGAAACUCACAUUUCUCGUAUAUUACGUGAAUAUCAUCAUCAAAAAUCUGAUGAUAUUCCUGAUUGGUUAUAUGAUUCUAAAGAUAUUCCUAGUUCGGAUGAUGAUGAUAAUAAUAGAGGCAGGAAACUAGUAACACCAAUUAUAAUUGAUAGGAAUCGUGACCAUAGUCCAUCUGAUAGACUUGCUGUUCAUAAUGAUCAAAAAAAAUUUACUCCUUCAUCCUUACCGAACAAUUUUGAUUCUGAUAGGUUUAAUGAUAAGUUUAGUAAUACUCUCCAACUUCCAGGCUAUCAAAGAGUGAGUGGUGAUAGGCCUUAUCCAAAUACUAAUAGGGCAAGAAGUGCUAGUCCAAAUCAUAAUAAUUUUUUAUCUUCAUCUCAUAAUUCAUCUCAUAAUUCAUCUCAUGGUUCAUCUCAUGGUUCACCUCAUGGUUCAUCUCAUGGUUCAACUCAUGGUUCAACUCAUGGUUCAUCUCAUGAUGGUGAUUCUCAAUAUAGUCAACGAUCAGGAAAUUAUAGAAAAGGUGGUUUCUUUUAA